AGCUCAAAGUUCAUUCAGAGAAAACAAAACUGAUCUCCUCUCUCUCUCUCUCUCUCUUUGCCUCAGUGUUUUUUUUUUUUUUUUUUUUUGCAGGAAAAUGACUGAAGCCAGUAUUUCAGUAGAUCAGGACCAGUUCAAGUGUCCAGUCUGUCUGGAUCUCCUGAAGGAUCCGGUGGCUAUCCCCUGUGGUCACAGUUUCUGUAAGGUGUGUAUUAAUGGCUUCUGGGAUCAGGAGGAUCAGAAGGGCGUCUACAGCUGUCCUCAGUGCAGAGACACUUUCACUCCAAGGCCUGUUCUACGCAGAAACAACAUGCUGGCUGAAGUGAUGGAGAAACUGAAAAAGACUGAACUCCAAGCUGCUUCUCCUGCCCAUUGUUACGCUGGACCUGGAGAUGUGGAAUGUGAUUUCUGCACCGAGAGAAAACACAAAGCAGUCAAGUCCUGUCUGAUGUGUGUGGCUUCCUUUUGUGAAACUCAUCUUGAUCCUCACUAUCAGUCUCCUGCUUUUAAGAAACACACAUUAAUCGAAGCCUCAGCAAAACUACAAGAGAAGAUCUGCUCUCAACAUAACAAGCUGAUCGAGAUCUAUUGUCGUACUGAUCAAACCUGCAUCUGUUAUUUGUGUACGAUGGAUAAUCAUAAAGGACACGACACCGUCACAGCCACAGCAGAACGAGCUGAGAAACAGAGUCAGCUAAAGGAGGAGCAGAUGAAAUCCCAGCAGAGAAUCCAGGAGAAGCAGAAGAAGGUGCAGGAGCUGAAACAGGCUGUGAACACUAUAAAGCUCAGUGCACAGACAGCAGUGGAGGACAGUGAGAGGAUCUUUACUGAGCUGAUCAGCUCCAUGGAGAAAAAGCGCUCGGAGGUGACGGAGCUGAUCAGAGCUCAGGAGAAGGCUGAACUGAGUCGAGCUGAACGACUCCUGGAGCAAGUGGAGCAGGAGAUUGCUGAUCUUCAGAGGAGAGUCACUGAGCUGGAGCAGCUUUCACACACACACGAUCACAUCCAUUUCCUCCAGCUGAUAUUCGACCAUGCCACAUACCCCCCACCACCCGACUCAGGCGGGGAGCCGUCCGGCCUGCAGCUAACUCUCCUAAAUCCCCCACGCGAAUUGGAUCGUCAUCGGAAGAAGGGCUAAAGGGGCACCCCAGCAAGUAGCAACAGAGGGUGAGGACUGCCCAUUUGAUGGCCAACCACUCCUUCUCUAUCAUGCUGUACUUACUCUCCCUCACUGAGAGCUUUUGGCUGAUGUACAGCAUGGAAUGCACCUCCCCCUCCACCACCUGGGACAAAACGGCCCCCAGCCCUGUGUCUGACACAUUAGUCUGAAGCACAAAACGGGAGAGAAAAGUCAGGAGAAUGCAACAGUGGGCACCCACUUUUACCUGGCAAAAAGCCUGCUCGCAUGGCUCUGUCCACUGGACCGGUUGUGGCACUUCGUUUGUAGUGAGGACCAUCAGUGGGCUGGCAGCAUCCAAAAAAUUAGGUACAAACCUACAUUAACAGCCAGCCAGCCAGCCCCAUGAACCUUAUCUCAGGAUAUUGGAGUCAAUACACCUUGGUUACCACCAUCUAGUGUCGAAUAAAAGCAAGCUGUGAAUAACUGAUCAUACCUCAAUUCAUCAAUGCGUAGCAUUGGGUAUGUGUCAAAUUUAGACACCACAUUGACUUUUCUAAAGUCCACAAAGAACUAGACUGACCCAUCAACCUUUGGCACCAAAACCACAGGGCUGCUGCAAUCACGCUGCUGUGGCAUUCUUCAAUUACUCCCAUGUUGAGCAUAGCCUUGCACUCCUCUAAACUACCUUUUUCCUUGUGUUCGGGUAUACAAUAGGUGGUGGCUGCGUACAACCACGCAUGGAGGAGUCUUGGUGUGGUGCUCCACGAGGUUUGUGUGACCAGGUAGGGGCCUAAACACAUUGGAAAUUUCCUCUUGCAACAUGGCAACUUGUGCUCUCUGGGAUUUUGAGAGAUGGUCUCCACAAUUAAUUUUUUAAGGGCACUUCUGGUCCCAGCGCCUCUCUCUCCAGAAUCACCAUUGCGAGAGACACAGGAACGGCCUCUCUCCAUGGUUUAAGGAGAUUGAGGUGAUAUAUUUGUAGUACAUCACCUCUAUCCAUUCACUUGACCUCAUAGUCGACUUCCCCAACUCGCCAUGUGACCUCAAAGGGCCACUUUGCGAGUAAUUUAGAGCCCAAUGUGGGAAGUAAUAUAAGCACUUUAUAUCUGAAAAGGUUCAGAACCUACUGAAUUUCGUCUUUGCUGUUAGAAGGUCCCUCCUCCCAAUUUUCCCUAAUAACAUCUAAGACACAGUGGAGCUUGUGCUCUUAUAAUAAUUUGAAUGGGAAAACCCCAUGGAGGCUUGUGGGACCUCUCGUACUGCAAAUAACAGGGUUUUGAGCCAUUUAUCCUAAUUCCAAGUGUCAUCAUUAAUGAACUUAGGAAUCAUAUUUUUAAGUAUUUGAUAAUUAGAUUGACCUUUUGGCCAGUCCAUCCAUUUGCAAAUGGUAAACACUGGUGUGAAUCGAUUUAAUCCCAAAUAAUUCACAUGAGUUCUUCACAUGAAAGAAGUAAAAAUUUUAAUUAGACAUGAAAGAAGUGCCCUGGUCAAUCAGGAUCUCUUUUGGGUUCCUGACUCAAGAGAUAACUCAAGAGAUAACUCGAGAGAUAAAUGCCUCCACAACGCUGCAUGCUGAGAUGUUGUUAAGAGCCACAGCUUCUAGGUAUCGCAUUGAGUAGUCCACUGAAACCAGCACAAGGCGAUGCCCUCGUGCCAAUUGUGUGCCAAUUCUUUUGAAGGGGACCUUGAUCAAUGAGGGCACAAUGCCGCUUGGUGGUUGGUGGAUUUGCAUUCUGACAAAUGCCCAGCAAUGGGAUUACGAUGAGCUGCAUGGAACAGCAGUUCCCUAUGUCUCUUUGGUACCAACAACUGGGAUGUCUCUUCCUUGAUUUGACUGUCCUGCAUCACUCAAUAUAACCUAUCCUUACUAAUGUCAAAACCCUGGUCAGUUUGUCCCAAGAAUUAGUGGAUGGGUGAGGUGAGAUCUGUCACCUCUACUCUAUGCUUUUGUGAGUUCAAAUCCCAGCACUGCCAAGCUGCCACUGCUGGGCCCUUAAACAAGGCCCUUAACCCUCAACUGCUCAGCUGUAUAAAUGAGAUAAAUGUAAGUUGCUCUAGAUGUGGACAUCUGCCAAAUGCCAUAAGUGUAAAUUUUAAUGUGGUUACACCCUGAUUCCAUACUCACUGACACUCGGUACGUUCCUGUUUGAUCGGGGGUUGUCUGUCGCACAUCCAGAUCAGUGUUUUAAGGGACUUAAUAAAGCUGAGAAAUUUCCAUGACCGCAUCUGGUACCUCCUCCUGGGUGUGUGCACCACUGUAGAACCCGGUGUGUGUGUGAAGGUGGGUGGAAAGGAGGACUUGAGAAACAGGCAGACUUUGUCAGAGCUUCAGACUCUAUUUUUCCCCACUGGCGCAUUUCAGUGUGCUUUCAAGUCAAAAUUUUGGGGUUUUUGCCUCACUCAAGUUCAUUAAUCCUUUCUAAGCUCACGCACCAGAGUGUGUGGUUAUGCAUGUAUUAUGUUUGCUCUGUCCCUUUCUCUCUCAGGUUCACAGCAUUCUCUUUUUUCCUGAAAGGACAAACAAAGCACAUAAGUAUACUCACCAUGAUCACACACAGGUGAAUCACCAUGUGUCACCUGCCGGGUCAACCCACCUCCUCUCCGUCUGCAGAUUACGCUCAACCAUGCCCCCACUACUACAGCUAUAGCAUCAGAAAACCACACUGGGUUGCACUCCUAUCAGCGAAGAACAGGAAUCUGAUUCUAAACUCGACCCAAACUGGACAGUUGAAGAUUUGAUAAACAUCACCUGGUCUUUCUCCUUCAACUCUCAUGGUUUGGUUUGUCAAAAGUGGUUAUUUGAGCCUCCUGUCAGCCUCCAAUCUGACCAUUCUACUCUGACAUCUCUUCAAGAAGGCGUUUCACCUGCAGAACCGCCUCUCAAUGGAUGCUUUUUGUUUUUGUACGAUUCUGUGUAAGUUCUAGAGACUGCUGUGGGGGAAAAUCCCAGGAAAUCAGCAGUUCCUAAAAUACUCAAACCAGCCCACAUUUUUACCAUAUUCUGAUAUAUGAUUUGAAAAUUAACUGAAGCUCUAUACCUGUAUCUGCAUGCUUUUGUGCAUUGCGCUGUUGCUACAUGAAUUAAUAAAUUAUAUAAACUAUAAUAGGAUAGGCUAAUAAUAGGAUCCGGUGGCUAUCCACUGUGGUCACAGUUUCUGUAAGGUGUGUAUUAAUGGCUGCGGGGAUCAGGAGGAUCAGAAGGGCAUCUACAGCUGUCCUCAGUGCAGACACACUUUCACUCCAAGGCCUGUUCUACGCAGAAA